AUGUUCUUCCAACCGAUACCAACUGAAGAUAAAAUCACUUUCACGAAUAAAGAAGGUAAACACGAAACUGGCACCAAAAUCAGGUUAAGAAAUGGUUUCUGUCACGAGGUUUUAACAUCGGUUGAUAUUCAAGAAAUAGUUAAAGCCGGUGGACGAAUUAUUAGAAUAUUAGAAAAUUUUAAAACUCCACCAUAUAGAGAUUAUAUUUUAAUUUUAAGAGAUCUUAGAAAUAAAUAUAAACGAGAAGGUAAUAUUGUGGGUAGUAAUUGCAUGAAAUUAUUAGGUAAUUCCCUGUAUGGUAAAUCAAUUGAGAAAGAUAUAUUCACAACUAAACAUUUAUGGAAUGAAGCAACUUUACAGGCUAACUUUGAUUCACAUAUCAAAACCUAUGAGAAAAUUAAUGAUAGUCAAUAUAUUGUUGAAACAGAAAUUGAAGAAAAAGAGAUUACUGCUGAAGAUAGUAAAUCUACACGACUAACACCUAGUCAUUUGGGAUCAUUCGUUUUAUCUCACAGUAAAAAAAUUAUGAAUAAUUUCAUUCAUGUAAUGGAUGGAUUUUAUAAGCCAGAAAUGUACUAUACCGAUAAUUUAUUAAAUUACAGUGAAUAUUAA